AUGCGCUUUGACACUCGUUUUGACGCGAAACGUGAGCGUCUGGUGGAGGACUGGGCAAACCUGCUCAGCAAAUCCGUCCCUGCGGUCUGUGACCUUGCGGGAGCAUUCAGGCAAGACGAAGCCUGCUACUAUGUCUCGCACCACUGCGGCUCAUUCAACUUUUCUCUUCGGCUUCACUGGGAGGACGGCAAGCCCGACUGGCUAAUCCGGUUCCCUAUUCCUGGGAAAUCAGUGCUCCCCGAAGACAAGGUCCGAAACGAGGUCGCCCUGAUGAACUUCCUUCGACAGCAUACAUCUAUCCCGAAAGACACUACCACGGACGAGAAGGAAAGCGAUGUUUUGGAUCCUGAUAUUAGCGAAGAUACGCUCAAGACUCUAUACAGCGAGAUCUCAAAGGUGCUACUUGAAUUAUGGUCUGUGGACUGGGACAAGAUUGGCGCUCCAGAUUUCGAUACUUCAAACUCGUGGCGAGCACAACGCCCUCCAGUGACGCUUGGGAUGAAUGAGUUUAUCAGGUACGGGGGGCUGGCAGAGAAUCUAGUGCUGUCAAAUACGUUCUCAUCAUCCCUUGAUUACUUCAUGACUAUGGCUGAGUUGCAUUCCACCCACUUGAAAGAACAGCUCAACAGAAACGGCUGGAGCCUCGACCCUCUCUAUUGGAACCUGCUUGAUAACUAUGUCUAUGGGAAAGCCUCAAUUACAGAGAGGGUCGCAAGGACUACGUAUGAAACAGGUCUUCACGGCAACCGAGAGCCUUAUGUUCGCUCUAAAAUUGAGGACUUGCAAAGGUAUAAUGAAGCUGUUGCCAGUGAUGAAUGUGUUGACUAUGAAGAGCCUGCAGAGGACGAAACGCCAGAAUACUGGAUAAAGUCAGAUGAAAAGGGACCGCCUCAGCAAAUUUCCUCUGCAAGAAUCAACGGUUCAAGACACCCAGCCACCGGUUUCUUGGAAAAUUAA